AUGUCGUUCUGCUUCAACUUUGAUGUGGAGUCCCAAAAUACCGUUUCAAACGAUAGUAACAUCUUCCAAGAUCACGAGAAAAAUAAGUUGGCCAAACAUGAUGAAGAGAAGGGCAAUCCAGGCGAGCACAUGAAAGUUGCCAUUGAGCACCCACUUCCAAAAGAGCCACAUCUCCUCCUAAUCGAUGCUGUUCCAGAAACUGUUCACAUUGGGACUCUUCCUCCACUGUACUUCCUGAAUGAAACCGUGUUUGAGAAGACUGCUUCAGAGAGAGAUGAUGAGGAGGAGAUCUUGUCCCACACUAUCAAACAGAAGUCUGACCUCAUCUCUGGCAUCUACGAAGGGGGACUGAAGAUUUGGGAGUGUACUUAUGAUCUGUUAAAGCUGUUUGAGAAAGACAUAGAGCCAUUUGGGGGAAAGAGGGUUCUGGACCUAGGAUGUGGCGCUGGCCUUUUGGGGAUUUUGGCACUGAAGAGAGGAGCCAAUCAGAAGAUGAGACAGACAGCGAAGAAGACUAUGAAGGAAAGGGAAACAUGCUGA